AUGGCGGAAAUAACGGACACAACUGAAGUAGACCAGUUGCACUGGGUACCAACAAGAGAGAACCCAGCUAACGAUCUCUUUAAAGGCAUCUCUGCCCAGCGCUUGCAGCCGGACGAUCGCUGGUUGGGCGGCCCGGACUAUCUGAGGCAAGGCGAAGCAGACUGGCCCGCCGAGGAGACUCGUACGCCGGACCUUGAUGAUCCCGAGCUGAAGCAUCCGUUCAGUGGCGACAACGCAGCAGCCGGAGACAGCUCAGAGCCACCCAACCUGAAGGCAGUAAAACCAGAGAUCAAGCGAUUCUCAAACUGGUGUCGCCUGGUAAGAGCAACCGUCUGGGUGCUACGCUUCACUCGCCACCUGAGACACGGAGAAAGAGACGCUGCCAAGCCGUCGCUGACAGUCCCCUGA